UCGAACAGACGUGUGAAUAGGUGGUUGAACAUGUGCUUUUCUGUUUCUUUGUGAAUUUGUCUCUAGGCUUUGCAUUUCCUAGAUAAGAAAAACUUUGGCUGGGCGUUGAAGCAACUUAGUUCGUUUUCAAGUCUGAGAAAAUGAAGUUGUUACAUUUUAUGGUCUUGGUGACUGCCCUUGUUUUGCUGCCAGAGUCUACUUCUGCAGAUUGCACUUUCAAUUUGGACACGUCUUCGCCUGCAAAUCCUCCUCACCUCGUUGAUUCUUUUGGGAAAAUCAUCCAGCCGACUCUGCAGAAUAAUGUCCGCAUAAUCACCUUAACUGAAAAUCAAGUAGUCACGGUAGCCUGUGAAGGCAAUGGCAAUGUUCUCACCGCUACCAACAUGCAAAUCAAUUCAGGAAAAUGUGCCACUGCCGGCUCUUCCCUUUUGAUUGGCACUCAAAACUUGGAAUACGGAUCACUGGGCUGCAAAACGGUCGUCAAGGAGACAAUCAAAGAAACAGGAACGUGCUCUGUUGGUGGAACACACAUUGAAAUCGGUUGGCAAGUAAGCACAAGGUUCAUUAACCAAAUGACCAUUUGCCAUAUCAAAUCCACUGCCAAUACCCUCUAUUCAAUCAACACCAUCUCUGGAGCUAAUAUUGCCGCCGAUGAUAAGUCCAAUUUACGUCCGUCUUUCCGUAAAGGAGGCUUUUACGUUGGCAUUGACGUAGACGCUGGCUACAGCCAAACUGGGCAAAACAUCAGCGUGGCCAAUAUUGUCGGUUCUGCUGGGCUUGCCACCACGUACAUUAACCUUAGCAAAAGUUACUUUUUCGCCCGUGGUCACUUGUCUCCGGAUGGCGAUUUCAUUGACGCUGGAAGCCAGGAUGCUACUUACUAUUACAUCAACGCUGCUCCGCAGUGGCAAUCCUUCAAUAAUGGCAACUGGAAAUCGCUGGAAUUCGGAGUCCGUAAUCUCGCCAUCAGCCGGGGUUUUGAUUUGGUGAUUUACACGGGAACUCACGAAAUUCUGACGCUUGCCGAUAUUAAUGGCAUUCAAAAGCCAAUCUACCUGGCUAAAGAUUCCAAUAACAAUAAUUUACUUCCAGCUCCUAAAUACUUCUGGAAGGUAGUCCAUGAUCCAGUUACGAAUACUGCCACUGCAGUCAUCGGUAUCAACAAUCCGCAUUUAACGACAAUCACGGGAGCUGAUGUUUUCUGUGCCGACGUUUGCAAUCAACUCACCUGGAUGACGUGGACCAACCGAUUUGAAAUCUCUAAAGGUUACAUGUUCUGUUGCACGGUGGAAUCGCUCAGCAACGUCGUUGCUCAUGCCCCCAACCUGGGAAAUUUGAAUCUCUUGGUAUAACAAAGAGUUCGCUGAAAAAUAGUUGUAAAGUGCAAUCUAAAAAUGGAUUGUACCCAUGGAGAUGAUGAAUCUUUUCAAUUCUGACUAAUAAUCUUCUUUGAUUUUAAUGAGACAAGGUGAUGGUUGCAUUUACUGGAAUAAAAUAUAACUUGAAGUAUUCAGUGAAAA